AACUCGGCUCGCUACACUAUCACAAUUAAAUUCACAAUCACAACACUGAGCACCAACACUUUGCAACCACACAAAACAUACACACAUGCACACACUUUCGACGACACUACACUACAAAGUUACAAACUUUACAGUGUUGAAGAUAUCCAAGCCAUGGGGGAAAAAUAGAAUUAGGUUAUGUUGUUGUUGAAUUGUUAUAUAAUCAAUUAUUAAUAAUCCUUGGUGUAAAACUCGUUUCUGUGUCCUCAAAAUAGUUGAAAUACUGAGAACGUAGAAAUUUCGUACUAACUGUACAUGGGCACAACCAAGAUAUUUCAAUAAGAAAUCUUAUUUUUACUGCUAACCAGGUAAAACCAAAACUAUGUCACGACCAUUAAGGUCUGAUAUUUUGGGUGUUCUGAAGGGAGCCGGAAUGGUGUUUAAUAAUGCAUUUAAACUUCAAGAAAGCCAAUGCCAGCAAAUAUGGCAAAAUUCUAGUAUAAAGUCAGCAACAGAAGAUGUUAACAGCGUUCUAGGAGCUAGCUUGAAAGAUGUAGUUUUGCAAACCAGCCCUGUUCAGAUAGAAAAGCUAGUGUCAGAAACCUUACAAAGAACUGCCAUGGUGGUAGAGGGUCUUAAAGGAGUUGUGAAGUAUUCUAAUCAACCCGUAGAAGAGCAGAAUAAUGGGAUUGACAUAUCUGAACUUGAAUUAGAAUUUGACAAAGAAACAAUGUUUGAAGAUGUUGAAAAUCUUUUUAGAAAAGGAGAAAAAGAAGAAAUUCAGUCUCCAAAAUCCAAUGUAAAAGUUAUGUCAAUAACAUCACCUGGAAAGUAUGCUACUAUUAAAAAAAAACCUGAGUUGUUGCAGAACUUUGGAGAAACAUCAGAGUUGGCUCAAAACACAAAUACUCAAUACAAUAUACAGUCAAAAGUGCUAGAAAAUUAUAAACCUGUUGAAAAACUGGACCGUAUAUCAAAUAUUAUUGAGGAGUCUAAAGCUUUUGUAAAUCCAUUGCCUCAUUCAAUAGAUGGCAUCAAAUCAAAUGUGGAAGAUUCUUUAAAGGUUAAAACGCAACUGAAAGAAACUAAUUUCUACAAUAUUGAGCCACAAGUAAUUCAAAGUCAUUCAACGGAUGGCAUCAAAUCAAAUGUGGAGGAUUCUUUGAAGGUUAAAAUGCAACUGAAAGAAACUAAUUUCUACAACAUUGAGCCACAAGUAAUUCCAACACCAGUUGCUAAGAAAGCACCAAAGAAAAAACAGAGUUUAAGUGAGACAGCCAAACAGCGCUCAGUGCCUUCAUCUCGUCUUGGACGUAUGAUAUCAUUUGGCAGCCUAGCCGCAGGUCUGGGGAUUGGCACAGUAGCUGAGGUAACUCGCCGUUCUCUGGGCAUAGCCGAAACUCCAUCUGUUGGUACAACCCUUGACAGUGCCUUUCUUUCUCCAGCUAAUGCUGAACGAAUUGUGGAUACACUUUGUAAAGUGAGAGGGGCUGCUUUGAAGAUAGGUCAAAUUUUAAGUAUUCAAGACAAUAAUAUAAUUAGCCCUCAACUACAAAAGGCAUUUGAGAGAGUUCGUCAAUCAGCUGACUUUAUGCCCAGUUGGCAAGUGGAGAAAGUAAUGGUUCAAGAAUUUGGUGAGGAUUGGCGCAGCAGGCUGGCAUCGUUUGAAAUGAAACCCUUUGCUGCUGCCUCGAUAGGUCAAGUUCACUCGGCCACUCUGCUCGAUGGUACUGAGGUAGCAAUGAAGAUCCAGUAUCCAGGUGUUGCUAAGGGUAUUGAGAGUGACAUAGACAACCUUGUAGGAAUUCUCAAAGUUUGGAACAUUUUUCCAGAAGGAAUGUUUAUAGACAAUGUUGUGGAAGUAGCUAAGCGAGAGUUAAGCUGGGAAGUGGAUUAUGUAAGAGAAGCUGAGUGCACAAAAAUAUUCCAAAGCUUACUCAAAGACUACCAAGAUUACUACAUCCCUAGGAUUAUAGAUGACUUAUGUACACCUCAAAUAUUGACCACCGAGCUAAUAGAGGGGGUUCCGGUCGAUAAAUGUCAAGACAUGGACGAGCAACACGCAAACAACAUCUGUCAGCUGGUCAUGCAACUUUGUCUUCGAGAACUGUUCCAGUUUAGAUACAUGCAGACGGAUCCUAACUGGUCCAACUUCUUCUACAAUGUCGAUACUCGACAGUUCUUCAUGGACCAAUACAUUCAAGUGAUAAGAGCAGCUGCAGAUGGCAAUAAGGACAGAGUAUUGGAAAUAUCCCGUGAGAUGGGUUUCCUCACAGGCUAUGAAUCAAAAAG